AUGGCACAACAUAACCUCAUCGAGGCUCUCAAAAACUUGGUAGACACUAUUGCCGUCUCAUAUGCUGAUCUAUUGGGAGAGCAGCUCACUGAUGAACAUCGUCAAAGGUGUUCACGAGUGUGUGAGGAGACCAUUGAAUACUUCAACACUAUAUUACUGGAUCCUGGAACAACAAUUCAAGUGAGACGAAGUGUUCAAGCACACAUUAACCAACUCAACUGGUUUGCCGAUCAGUUCUCCAGGCUCGGUAACCAAGUUGUUGGUGGAGAUCUCAACCAAGGAGUCAAAUGGCAAGACCUGGAGAAUGCUUUUGCUGGUAACAUCCAGACUGGAUGUGUCAUCAACCAGCGUCACAAAGAUCCAGCAUCAUUUCUCCAGGCCUCACGGAACAUCAUCAUCAACAAGGUGCAGAGUGCCUUAAAAGAUCUGGCAGGGUUGAAAGUUAAUGUUGAGUUAUUCUGCACAUUCCGAAAGCUACCAGAAGAUAUCGAAGAGAGGAAAUCAUUUGUCACCAAAAGCCGUGAGAUUCUCCCUGCUAUAUCUCUUCAGAAAUGGUACAGUGAACAUGUCCAUGAUAAACUGCGUCAAAGAAUUGAAGAUUUUGAGCAUGAGGGUUCCGGAUGGAGUCUACUUGGACCGAACAGUUUAAUGGUGACCAUGUCAAGAUUUACACCAACUCAAGUUGGAAACGCUACCUUCGUCAGAUUACCGAAGGAUAUCAUCGAUAGGCAAGCGGUUACGAAUAUCCAAAACAAUGAUGAGUUCUGCUUCCUGUGGUGUGUUAAUGCUGCGUUACAUCCACCUGUUCUCUGUCCUGACCAACCAGAUCAAUACCGGCACUUCAGCAUCAGAUUGAACUAUGAAGGUAUAGAGUUUCCAAUUAAACUUAAUGAUGUGUCAAAAUUUGAAAAGAUGAAUAAUCUUAGCAUCAACGUAUAUGGUAUAGAGUCAGAAUUUACGGGUAAAAAGUAUGAAAAAAGUAUUGUUAUCCCAUUGUAUUUAAGUAACUUUGAGUCAAAAAUACCAACAAUUCAUUUAUUAAUGAUUAAAAAAAGUGUAAAUUAUACAGAUAAUUUAGAUAGUAUUGAGUCAAUCCAUCAUUUUACAUGGAUACAUAAUCUUUCUGGAUUAAUUAAAAGUCAAAUAUCUCUAGGUAAACACAAAUUGUACUUUUGCGAUCGUUGCUUGAAUCAUUUUAAACUUAAAAAAUGUUAUGAAGAUCACCGAGUAGAUUGUUUCAAAUCUAACAAAGUUCGUAUGAACUUUCCUAAUGAAAAAAAUCGAAUUUUAAAAUUCAAAGAUUUUAAUUCUAAAGAUACUGUACCGUUUGUAGUUUACGCGGAUCUAGAAUGCAUACUCGAACCCCCGGGAGAUGAUGAAAAGAUAGUUCAUAAACAUGUUCCACACAGUAUUGCUUACUAUGUACAUUGUAGCUAUAAUAACACACUAUCGAGAUUUGAAUUAAACCGUUCUCCUGAUUGCAUCAACUGGUUUGUUAAACAAUUAGAGUCAUUAGCUCUAGACUUUGAAAAAAUUCUAAAGAACCCUAUCAAAAUGAAACCUCUUACCAAAGAGCAACAAGAUAGGCAUAAUCAGUCAACUGUUUGUCAUAUCUGUGAAAAACCGAUUACUUCCGCUUCUGAUAAAGUCUAUGAUCACUGCCAUUUUACAGGUAAUUACAGAAAUGCAGCUCAUAAGUCAUGUAACGUUAACUAUCAGAAAUCCACUAUUAUUCCCAUUGUCUUUCAUAAUUUAUCCGGUUACGAUUCACACUUCAUUAUUAAAUCUCUAGCCACACUAUUUGAAGGAGAAGUUUCAUUAUUACCUAUUAAUAAAGAGCGAUACAUUUCGUUCACAAAAAACGUUAAAAAUACUUCAGUCUCUUUAAGAUUUAUUGAUUCAUUCAGAUUUAUGGCUUCAAGUCUAGAAAAAUUAGCUUCAUACCUUGAUGAUACCGAUAAGAAAAUUACACAAUCUCACUACCCUGACCCUAGCAAAUUCAAAUUAGCAACACGUAAGGGUGUAUUCCCAUAUGAAUACAUCGAUAGUAUUGAAAGACUUGAUGAAAAACAGUUACCUGAUCAAGAUUCAUUUUUUUCAAAAUUAACCAACUCUACUAUUUCCGAUGAUGAUUAUACGUUUGCUCAAGUAGUCUGGAAUGAGUUUAAUAUCAACACGCUUGGAGAGUAUUCAGAUCUAUAUUUAAAAACAGAUGUACUUCUCUUGGCUGAUGUUUUUGAAAACUUUAGACACAGUUGCUUCAAAACAUACAAUCUAGAUGCACUUCAUUUUUAUACGGUUCCCGGUCUAUCAAACUCAGCAAUGUUAAAACAUACCGGUGUGGAACUUGAACUAUUGACUGAUCCCGAAAUGCUUCUUUUCAUUGAAAAGGGUGUUCGCGGAGGGGUAUCGAUGUGUGCUAAUAGGUAUGCCGAAGCUAACAACCGGUACAUGGGUAGAGAUUUUGAUUCAAGCAACCCUGAAACCUAUUUAAUGUACUAUGAUGUAAAUAAUUUGUAUGGUGCAGCAAUGAGUAUGUCACUGCCAAAGGGUAAAUUUGAAUGGGUUGAAGAGGUAGAUAAUGUAGAUCAGUUUUUCAAUGAUGAUGAAAGUGUAGGCUACAUCCUUGAAGUAGACCUACACUAUCCUGAGAAAUUACAUGAUCUACAUAAAGAUUUGCCUCUCUGCCCUGAACAUUUUAUACCACCCGGUAGCAAGCAACAAAAACUAACAACAACAUUGUAUGAUAAAAAUAAUUAUGUAAUACAUUAUAAAAACUUAAAACAAUGUUUAGAUUUAGGUCUAGAACUUAAGAAAAUACACAGAGCCUUGAAAUUUGAGCAGUCAGACUGGCUCAAAUCAUAUAUUGAUAAAAAUACUGAGUGUCGAAAGCUUGCUAAAAAUGAUUUUGAGAAAAAUUUUUACAAGUUGAUGAACAACGCGGUAUUCGGAAAAACAAUGGAAAAUGUUCGUAAAUACAAAGAAGUUUGGUUAAGAACAAAGUGGGAGGGGCGUUAUCAGGUAUCAGACCUGAUUUGUAAGCCAACUUUCCACAGUGUUACUAUAUUUGAUGAGGAUAUGGCUAUAAUUGAAAUGAAAAAAGCUAAAGUUUUAUUUAAUAAGCCAAUCUAUGUAGGCUUCAGUAUAUUAGACUUAUCCAAGACUUUUAUCUACGACUUCCAUUAUAAUUAUGUAAUGAAAAAUUAUGAAACGACAUCUAAAUUAUUGUAUACUGAUACAGAUAGUCUUAUUUACCAAUUUAAUGUACCGAAUGUAUAUGAAGACAUCAAACGUGAUAUCUCAAGGUUUGAUACCUCCGACUACCCGCCCCAAAAUGUCUUCAACAUGCCGUUGGCAAACAAAAAGGUCCUGGGGCUCAUGAAGGACGAGAACAACGGAAAAAUCAUGUCCGAAUUCGUGGGUCUCAGGGCCAAGCUGUAUGCCUUCGAGAUUUAUAAUCCUGAAAAGGAAAAGGACAGGAUCAAGAAACGGGCAAAGGGUGUUGGAGGAUCAGCCUUGAAGACAAUUACGUUUGAUGACUUCAAACGGUGUCUGUUUGAAAACGUAUUGUUAAGAAAAGAGUUGUACAUGAUAAAAGUAAAACAUCAAGUACAUACAAUAAAGCAGGAGAAACUUGCUCUCAGUUGGGCUGAUGAUAAGCGCCAAUUAAUCGAGGCCAGCACAGACACUGUACCUUGGGGGUACAAAAGGCCCAAUAGUAUUUAA